AUGGCGCCUCCCAGUCCCCCGGAUCCUAAUGCCUCAUUGGUAACGAGUGCGGCCGACACUGACGGAGAGAUGGUGCUGCCCGGCUUCCCGGACGCAGACAGCUUCGUGAAGUUUGCUCUGGGGUCAGUGAUAGCCGUUAACAAGGCCUCCGGAGAUCUACCCCAGUCUGGCGAUGAGUAUGAUUUUUACCGAAGUUUUCCUGGCUUCCAGGCAUUUUGUGAAACACAAGGAAACAGGUUACUUCAGUGCAUGAGUAAAGUAAUGCAGUACCAUGGGUGCCGCAGCAACAUUAAGGAUCGAAGUAAAGUGACUGAGUUGGAGGACAAGUUUGACUUACUGGUUGAUACCAAUGAUGUUAUUCUGGAAAGAGUGGGCAUCUUACUGGAUGAGGCCUCAGGUGUGAACAAGAAUCAACAGCCUGUCCUCCCUGCAGGACUGCAGGUGCCCAAAACAAUCGUGUCCAGCUGGAACCGGAAGGCAGGAGAAUACAGCAAGAAAACAAAAUCUGAAACUUUCCGACUCCUUCAUGCUAAAAACAUCGUGCGACCUCAGCUGAAGUUUCGAGAGAAGAUCGACAACUCCAACACACCCUUUCUUCCCAAAAUCUUCAUCAAGCCCAAUGCUCAGAAACCCCUAGCCCCGGCACUUUCUAAAGAAAGGCGGGAGCGACCCCGGGAUCGUCCCGAGGACUUGGACGUCCCACCUGCCCUGGCAGAUUUCAUCCAUCAGCAGAGAACCCAGCAGGUGGAGCAGGACAUGUUUGCACAUCCUUAUCAAUAUGAACUGGAUCACUUUACUCCACCAGACUCAGUGCUUCAAAAGCCACAGCCACAGUUGUACAGACCUGUAGAAGAAACACCCUGCCAUUUCAUAGCCUCCCUGGAUGGACUUGUGGAGCUCAACGAAAAACUAUUGAGUUGUAAAGAAUUUGCUGUUGACUUGGAGCACCACUCUUACAGGAGCUUUCUAGGGCUCACCUGCCUGAUGCAGAUCUCCACCCGGACAGAGGACUUCAUCGUGGACACCCUAGAGCUUCGAAGUGACAUGUACAUUCUCAACGAGAGCCUCACAGACCCCGCUAUCGUUAAGGUCUUCCACGGUGCUGACUCGGACAUUGAAUGGCUACAGAAGGACUUUGGGCUGUAUGUGGUUAACAUGUUUGAUACCCAUCAGGCUGCGCGCCUCCUUAACCUGGGCAGGCACUCACUCGACCAUCUCUUGAAGCAUUACUGCGCUGUGGAAUCGAACAAGCAGUAUCAGCUGGCUGACUGGAGAAUACGGCCUCUCCCUGAGGAAAUGCUCCACUACGCCCGGGAUGACACGCAUUACCUCCUUUACAUUUAUGACAAGAUGAGGCUGGAGCUGUGGGAGCGAGGCAACGAGCAGCCUGUGCAGCUGCAGGUGGUGUGGCAGCGGAGCAGGGAUAUCUGCCUCAAGAAAUUCAUCAAGCCUAUUUACACGAGUGAGUCCUAUCUUGAACUAUAUAGGAAGCAGAAGAAGCACCUCAACACACAGCAGUUGACUGCCUUUCAGCUGCUGUUCGCCUGGAGGGAUAAAACGGCACGAAGGGAAGAUGAAAGCUAUGGAUACGUCCUGCCGAACCAUAUGAUGCUAAAGAUUGCUGAAGAACUGCCUAAGGAACCUCAGGGCAUCAUAGCUUGUUGUAACCCAGUCCCACCUCUUGUCCGGCAGCAGAUCAAUGAAAUGCAUCUUUUAAUCCAGCAGGCUCGAGAGAUGCCCCUGCUCAAGUCUGAAGCUGCAGCUGUAGUGAAGAAGAGCGGACCACUGCCCGGUUCUGAGAGGUUGGAGAAUGUUCUUUUCGGACCACAUGACCGCUCCCAUGCUCCUCCAGAUGGCAUUCCUUUCAUCCCGACCAAUGGACCUGUGCCAGUUCAGAAACCAGCAAGCCUCUUCUCUGACCACAAUGAGGAUGAAACCUCACUGGAUACUUGUUUGGUUGCUUCUGCUGUCAUCACAUUAUUUAACGAACCCAAUGCUGAAAAUGGAAAAUGUCCAUUAACAGUUGCCCAGAAAAAGUCCCAGAGCAUCAUGGAGUCCUUUGAGAAUCCAUUUCGAAUGUAUCUGCCCUCACUCGAACACCGUGCCCACAUCUCUCAGGCAGCCAAAUUUGACCCCUCAUCUAAAAUCUAUGAAAUUAGCAAUCGCUGGAAGCUGGCGAGCCAGGUGCAGGUACAGAAAGAAUCUAAAGAAGCUGCAAAGAAGAAAGCCACUGAGCAAACAGCUGCCCGGGAGCAGGCAAAGGAAGCAUACAAAGCUGCCGCAGAGCAGGCCAUGUCUGUUCGACAACAGGCUGUGAUCGAGAAUGCUACCAAGAAGAGAGAGCGGGCAGUAAGUGACUCGAGUAUCACAGAACAGAAGCAAGUCAAAAAAAGACUCAAAGUGUCCGAGAAGCCAAAGGACCCAGACCCAGCAGAAAAAGAGUUUACCCCGUAUGACUACAGCAAGUCCGAUUUCAAGGCUUUUGCAGGAAGCAGCAAACCAAAAGCUUCCCAAUUCGAUCCCAAUAAACAGAGCCAGUCGGCCCAGAAAGGCAUUGCAGCAAAAAAGCUUAAACAGACAACCGGGAACAAAAGCAUGUCUUUUCCAACUGGAAAAUCUGACAGAGGCUUCAGACAUAACUGGCCAAAAAGAUAG